ACAAGCAAAACUGAGGCAGGGAAAAUGGAACUACAGGAAGAGGAGUUUGAUGUGUCCAAUCUCCUAGAAGAUGUAGUUGAUUUUCACCAUCCACUGGGCAUGGAGAAAGGUGUAGAUCUUGUAUUGGACCCUUGUGAUGGCUCGGUUAUCAGAUAUUCACGCGUGAAGGGUGACAGGGUUAAACUUAAACAAGUUUUAUGUAAUUUAAUCAGCAAUGCUGUUAAAUUUACUGAUGAAGGGCACGUAACAGUUCGGGCAUGGGUUCAGAAGCAAAUGCAACAUGAUACACGUUCUAUGGAUUUUAUGUUUGAAGUGGACGAUACAGGAAAAGGAAUUCCCAAAGAGAAAUACAUAUCUGUGUUUGAGAAUUAUGUUCAAGUCAAAGAAACUGGUUCUGGCCAAGGAGGAACUGGCUUGGGACUUGGCAUCGUUAAGUCACUGGUGCAUUUGAUGCAUGGAGAUAUUGGAAUUAUGGACAAGGAUAUUGGUGAAAAAGGAACAUGCUUCAGGUUCAAUGUGCAUCUCACUCUAAGCGACAGUGAGACAAUGUUAAAUUAUGGUAGUAGCGCUAUAAGUAAGGAAGAUCUUGAGUAUGGACCAAGUGAUAUGAACCAAGCUAAUACUAGUGUUGCAGCUUCAAACAUAUGUUCCAUAAGUCCCAGGUUACAUGUUUGUAGUUUUAGUUCUAGGCCUGAAGCUUCCCAGGUUAUUCUUUUGCUUGCAAAUGAGGAGCGGCGAAGGACUUCACAGAGGUUCAUGGAGAGCUUAGAGAUUAAAGUUAAGGUUGUGAAGCAAUGGAAAAACUUGUUUGAUACUCUCAUAAAGAUAAAAGGUCACAAUUCCGAUGGCCAAUGUUCUCCUAUAGAGUCUUCAGAUUCAAGUUGUUGGUCCACACCUCAUGAUUCUUUUCUCAAAGCUAGAGGAGUUCCUAUGGCUGGAGUUAAGUACAUGAUGUCUUCAGUGUUGAAGAAAACAGGUAAUGGAGCUGCCCCAGGUUUCAUCCUAAUUGUGAUUGAUGCAAAUGCAGGACGAUUUUCUGAACUUUACAGGAUUGUUUCCAACUUUAAGAAAGAGCUUCCCAACCCUUGUAAAGUUGUUUGGUUGGAUAAUCCACUUCAGCGUAGUAUCAAUUCCAAAGCAAUUGAUGAAAAUGACGAUGUCAUAUCGAAACCAUUUCAUGGUAGUCACUUAUUCCAAGUUAUAAAGCUUCUUCCCGAGUAUGGUGGUGCUCUGGAAAGCCGUUCUAGUAAGGCUAAAACAGAAGGUACCCUUCAUGUUUGUUCCAAGGCUCCGGUACAUCAAGGAGAAACACAAGAAUGUGGAGACUCAAGCAAUAGAAAACCCUUAAGUGGCAGGAAUUUUUUGCUUGUUGAGGACAAUAAAUUGGCACGUAAGGUAGCAAAGGCUACUUUGGAACGUCUUGGUGCGACCAUUGAUGAAUGUGAGAAUGGCAAACACGCUGUGCGACUAGUUUAUGAGUGUCUAAACCAGAAGUCGCCUUAUGAUUACAUCUUAAUGGAUUGCCAUAUGCCCGAUAUGGAUGGAUUUCAAGCAACGAGGCGAAUACGAGAGAUGGAGAUGGAGAUGGAGAAGGAGAAGUCAUAUGUUGUUCCCAUUCCCAUCAUUGCAUUGACUGGUCUCACUGAGAAUAUUACAGCAGAGGCUGGAAAUGGAAUUGACUUUCAUAUAGUCAAGCCAAUCAACAGAGAGAAUUUACUUGAAGCCAUUAGACACAUACACACAAGAAAGAGUGGCAUCAAGUAGAAGGAGUGUAUAAUCCCAAACAUAUGGGAGGCCUUUUUGGAUUUUACCAUUUUAGCACAAUUUUCCAGCAUCACACCUCUAUGCAGUAAAUUUUCUUUUAAAGCUUAUCUUGUUCAAUCUUGUCAUCCACAUGAAAAUAGAGACCUUUGGAGGUAAGAUUUUGGAUAGCUUCUUGGGUACUUGGCCAUCCUUCCCUCCCAUAUAUAAGAAUUCAACUUCUGAGCAAACAUGAUUUGAUUGAACAA